AUGGAGAGGGAGCAGAAGCACUUUGAGUUCAUCGACUCUACAAAGAGCGAUAAAGCCACCAGAAGAUUGGCACGUAGCCAUGCAAUGAAGGGCAAGAAUGCCGGCAAGACCCUCCAUCGACAUCGACAGUCGAGACUCGACCUGCGAGGCCAGCAAACAGCCACUGCACGAGUUCCAAACCGGCGGAGCGCUCAGGAAAAUGAAAACCGGCGCACCCUUGCUGUACAAGACUCACUAGACUUGACCUACCCGGCGCUGAGCGACAAACUACUGUCCGUCUCAUUUCCAGUCGAAACCACGCCGCAGGGUCUAGGUCUCAUCAGCCAGUUCUUUGAUACCGUCGUCCACGCCUUGUAUCCGCCACAGAUUUGCCGGUCGCUGGAACAGACCAGGUUAUACUGGCUGCAGGUGCUGUUUAUGGACAAGACGGCUUAUCACUGUUCCCUCGCACUCAUGGCCACCCUGAACGCCUUCUUCUUUGGCCGAGAGGCCGUCCCCUCCAAAGCCAUCUACCAUCUAGGCCAAGCCGUGAGCUUGGUCAACCAGCAACUCCAAACUGCAGAAGCCCUGUCGGACUCCAACCUCGCCGUCGUGAAUUUCCUCGUCGUGCAAGAGUUGCUGCGAGAAGCACAACCAGAAGCCGAGGUACAUCUGAGGGGCCUCCAGAAAAUGAUCCAACUGCGCGGCGGCCUUUCGCAGCUGGGAGAAGACAGUCCGCUGGCCAUCAAGAUUUGCAAAUCUGACCUGGACUAUGCCCUACACUAUGGCACCUCGCCCUGCUUCUAUCGAGACCGGAUGUCCGACGUCGCGCUGGCCCUGGCAUCGGAAGGUUUGCUCAUGAACCGACACCUGGGCGACUGCCGAUCUAGAUUCGACGGAAUCGAUCCAUGUCUUCGGCAAAUACUGCUCGACGUCACCAAUAUAGCGUCUUUGUUCAACAUGGACUACAAAAUGGAUCCUCACACAUUUCAAGAAGUCAUCGUCUCGCUCGGAUCGCGCUUGGUUCGCUUCCAUCCCCUGUCUGGGCCUCCACUGGAGGGUAGGCUGGAAUCAGCCUGUCAUGUUGGGCUCAUAACCUUCGUGACGACAUUCUUCCUCCAGUGUGGUCGUCGCCGGUUCCUGAAGUACGGCCUCGUCGGCCAACAUCUCAGACAGGUCAUCGACAGAGGGUUAGACAAGCAGGACGAUGAUUUGAUGCUCUGGAUUCUGUUUAUCGGCGGCACUUCUGUUUUGGCAGACCGAGAUCACGCGUGGCUAAUGCCAAAGAUACAGCGGACACUUCGAUCCUUGUCCAUCGAGACCUGGGCAGGACUGCACCAAUGUCUUGUCUUAUUUCCCUGGGUCAACUCUCUUCAUGAUGAGGCUGCGAAAGCGCUCUGGGAUGCAGCGGUAGGGAAGGGAGUCGGGCCGUGUUUGCACCUAGAUGCAGAUUGA